CAUCAGGUAGUUGUUAAUCAAGUCCCCCGGAAACUCAAGCCCGUCCCGGGUGCCACAGUGUGCAAAUGAUUUACCCACGGCAAACACCAGACUCCAGCUUCGAGGACCCUUUGAGAUGUGCCACGGCUGCUUGGAAUUAUUCUCUGGGCUUCAUGUUUCUUUCCCAAGGACAUAGCUAGCUGUGUACACCCCAUACCCUGUCAUCAUUCAGCUUUCACCAUGGCCGGAACUGUUCGACAGCCUCUGGAUGUUCAAGCAUUAGAAACCUACCUUGCUAAACAUGUCCAUGAUAUUAAGAGGCCCAUCAAACUCAAAAAGUUUGGCUUUGGAGAAUCGAAUCCAACAUAUCUACUCACAGGCAGUGAUGACCGAAGAUAUGUACUCCGCAAACGACCACCGGGGGCGUUACUCUCUCCCACGGCACACAGGGUCGAUCGAGAGUACCGGAUUCUUCGUGCUCUAGAGCACACUGACGUGCCGGCGCCAAAGGCCUACCACUAUUGCGCGGACGAGACUGUGACAGGUACCGCUUUCUACGUCAUGGAGUUUCUAGAUGGCAGGAUAUACUCCCACCCUUCUCUUCCAGGCCUUGAGCCUGCGGAGAGGACAGCCAUGUGGCGCUCAGCUGUGGAGGCGUUGGCCAGGCUUCACCUUGUAGACUUCACCCCCAUAGGCCUACAGACCCUGGGCAAGUCUGGCGGCUUCUACGACCGCCAAAUCAAGACAUUCACCAAUCUUUCAGCAUCACAAGCAAUGGCAGUCGACAAGGCCACCGGCAUUCCUAUUGGCGCCGUACCUCAUUUGAGGGAAAUGAUCACGUUCUUUGCAGACCCCUCCCGCCAGCCUCAAGAUAGGUCUACUCUGAUACACGGAGACUAUAAGAUCGACAACAUAGUCUUCCAUAGAACCGAGCCCCGAGUCAUCGGAAUCUUGGAUUGGGAAAUGGCAACGAUCGGACAUCCUCUGUCGGACUUUGGCAAUCUAACCCAACCUUAUUGGUAUUUCCAUAUGACAGGAUGGGACCCGAGUGACGAGAUUUGUUGGGGUGAUGCGUUUGGUGCUUUCAGGCUAGCGGUGGUCAUGCAAGGUAUUGCGGCAAGACAUGCGCUGGGUCAAUCGGGAAGUGCGAAGGCACAAGCAUAUGGCUCUCAGAGAGAUCAAACCGCCUUCUGGGCAUAUUCCCUGGUGAAGGAUCUGAUGGAGCAUAUGGAGAAGGACGGACGUCCCACGUCUCAGGAUCAAAGACUGACGGUAACUCAGGCAAAGCUCUGA